AUGGCGGCAUUCCUCACUUUUCUCGUCACCGGAGUCAGUCUUGUAUCAGCCGCACUCCAAGUGUCGCAAAACGACACUACGAUCACCGUUGCCAACGAUCGCCUCACGGCUGUUCUGCGUCGAAGUGCAGGUCAGAUCGUUGACCUUUCUCUCGAUGGCCAGGACCUGCUAGGCCCCCAGUCAGGGUCAACCGGCAUAGGCCCGUACUUGGAUUGCUACUGUAUUCCUUCUGGUUUCUACACCGCGGGAGCCACCACCCCGUCAACAGAAGUUGUACAAGGAGUGGACUCCACAGGGACCAAGUACGCUGGUGUGAUUCUGACCGACACUUAUACGCCGACUGGCCAGCAAUUCCAGCAAUACUGGUUCUUGCGCGAUGGAGAGACCGGUCUCCAUAUGUUUAGCCGGCUGUCUUAUCACAACGAGACUACUCCAUUCCUUCGCAAUUUGCAAGAGUUGCGAACCCUUUUCCGUCCAAACACGGCCUUAUGGACCCAUUUGACUUCAAGUGAGGUGCAAACCGCCCCUUUGCCAAGCAAGAACGCUGUCAGCCACGAAGUUGUCGUCCAGGAUGCAACCUGGACCUUCAACAACACCCCAACCGAUGCCUACUAUACACAGUUCUCUGAUUAUUUCACAAAAUACACCUUCUCUAACCCCUGGAGGAACAACAGCGUUCACGGGUUAUACGCCGAUGGCUCUAAUUCAUCUGGAACUACCUACGGAGCAUGGCUUGUCAUGAACACGAAGGAUACGUACUAUGGUGGCCCAAUCCACUCGGAUUUGACCGUGGAUGGUAUCGUCUACAACUACCUUGUCUCAAAUCAUCAUGGUGAAGGCACACCGAACAUUACGAAUGGAUUCGACCGAACUUUCGGACCUCAGUUCUACCUUUUCAACGGCGGCAAGGGGUCCAAGUCGUCACUGAAUGAGCUACGAGCCGAAGCUCUCGAGCUCGCAAAUCCAUCAUGGAACGCUGCAUUCUAUGACUCAAUUGCCAAGCAUGUUGUGGGAUAUGUCCCAUCGGGUCAACGAGGACGCGUUCGGGGAACAGUCAAACUUCCCAGGGGCGCUAUCCGGCCCAUCGCGAUUCUCACUGCUAAUGGCGUGUAUCACCAGGACAAUAGCGCCGUUCCAGACGCUUACCAAUACUGGGUUGAUAUCGAAUCCGAUGGAAGCUUCACUCUGGAUCGUGUCAAGGAAGGAGAGUAUCGUCUUACUAUCUACGCGGAGGGCAUUUUCGGUGAUUAUGUUCGGGACGGAAUCGUCGUACGUGGAGGAAAGUCGACCACAGUCCGCGAUUCCUGGGAAGAAGAAUCAGCAGGAACAGAGGUCUGGCGACUUGGAAUUCCUGACAAAUCUUCUGGCGAAUUCCGCCACGGCCAUGCGAAAGAUACCACCCAUCCUCUUCAACCUCCAGAGUAUCUAAUCUACUGGGGUGCCUAUGAUUGGACUAAAGACUUCCCCGAUGGCAUUAACUACACGAUCGGUAAAAGUGAUCCGGCUGUGGACUUGAACACAGUUCACUGGUCAGUUUUCGGUCCGACUCCGUCAAACGCACAUGUGGAGUACAAUACCACACACGACUGGAACAUCCACUUCAAACUGGACGCAAAGCAACUACGCCAGCGCAAGACAGCAACUCUGACUGUGCAACUGGCUGGUGCAAAGACUGCAGCAGGAAAUACUGAUGUCUGGAACCCGAAGGAAACGUACAACAACCUGUCUCUUGAGAGUUAUAUCAACGAACACUCCAAUCCUCUCACCUUGGUAAUUGGGUUCAACCAGUCCAGCAGCUGCAUUGUUCGGUCUGCCGUAAGCUGCUAUCAGGUCAGCUCCCGGAUGUCAUUCCCUGCCAGUUGGCUCCAUGAGGGAGACAACCUGCUGCGACUUCAUCUCCCCUACAACGCGACCGAUACCGAAACUGCUAUCCUGCCUGGGACUGUAUAUGUGCAAUAUGAUGCGCUGCGGUUGGAAGUCAAGUGA